AUGGAGGAUUUGGGAAUUGCUCCCAGAGGAAGGGCUGAGGAAGCACUUGCGAACAUUCCAAGUGACCCUCGUGAACGACAGGAGAAAGGAAAAGAAGCAGAGGGAGAAGAACAUAGAGAAGUAGAGGAGAAAGAAAAGAAAGAAAGAGAAGCCAAGGAGAAGGAAGUUGAAGAAGAGGAAGAAGCAGACAAAGAAAAGUCUGCCGAUGAAGCUGGAGAGGAAGGCAAUCAAGACUCUGCUGAGCAUGACCAUCACUCUUCCCCAAAUGAGGCCUUAGAAGCAGGGGGAGAUGGCGAGAAAGGAAGGACUACACCUGUCCACAGUGAAGGUAUGAGUCGCUCGCAAGCAAAUCCAGAAGAUAUUCAGGCUUCUCAAAUGCCUGAUGAAGGACAUGACACCUCAACGCCAAAUCUGCGCGAUUACACCAAAGUUCCAUCGUCUGCUUUUGCGCCAUCCGAUAGAGCAAAUGCCAACAAACAGACGGACAAUACAGCAGAUUUUCUUGAUCCUCUGAAAAUGCAAGGUCAAAUGUACGCUUUGGAAUUUUGUCUUGAGUAUGAUUUGAGUGUGGUGGACUUGGUGAAAUUGACUGACUUGGGUGUGGAUUUGAAAUUGACUGUUGCAUUUACAUCAAGUGUUCUUUUAUGGCUUUACUCAUGA